AUGCCAAGGUGGACCGGGCCCGCGCGGUCUGUCCAAAGCGGCGGGCGGGCUGUCUCGAGACUUCAGCUGCUGGGCUUGAAGAGUGCGGCUACCAAGCCAUCCAUUCAGCGGGAAAAGAAGAAGACGGUGAGGUUCAAGGAGGAGGUGCGGAUCAACGACAAUGGGACCGGGCACCCCCUCGGUGAAGAACCUCGGCAGGACAACAUGUGGAGUGGUUCAUGGGUGGCCAUCUCAGGGAGGUCAUAGUCUUCGUGAUGUCCCGAGAGGCAGGGCGGCAGCAGUGGCGCAGAGACCCACGCAGCAACGGAUCAGAAGCAUGUCUUGCGCCAACCGCUGCCUACAUUUUAUAUUUGACGUGUCUCUGGUGAAUCAAGCUGCCCCGUGUGUACACCGUGUGGUGUCGAGCUGGGCCUUAUGGAUGAGCUCAAGCACUAGGACUUCAUGAUUCCACCGCUGGCCGACGGCGGCGACGGCCAUGGUGACCUCGACGCUAAGGUGGUGGUAAUUGGGGCAGGGGCGGGGGCGGUGACCCGCCGCUCAAGAAGCGAGGCUACGACGUUACCAUUCUGGAGGCGUGUGAGAGGUGGGUCAGAAAAAGGGGAGAAAGAAGGCGGGGAUGCAUACACAGACGUGUUUUGUCAAAUGUGUGGUGUGUGAUAUGGAUGGGUCAGGGUCGGCGACAGGAUACACACACAUCGCUUCUCGCGGAAAGGGGGCCUGCCAGAGAACAAAGUGCAGACCUGCACACACCCACCCAUUGAUUGGCACGUCCCUGCACCGCCAUGAUGCGCGUGUGCGUGUGUGUGCUCUCCGUGCAGUACGACCUCGCCGCCAACUGGAUGCAUAUAGCCCCGGGCGAGACGCACUACCCCUGGGAUAUCGCCGCUGAGCUGGCCGUGGAGACAUCCGCUGUGCCAGGUACCCGCCGCACCGCACACACACGCGCCUGAAGAAGAGGCCAUGGAUGGAUGGAUGGAUGGUUGCCGGAGGGAAGUGGGACACAACCCAGUGGACAGUCUUCCACGACGAUCUGACUGGCCAGAAAGAAGGUCGAACAGGUCUUCGUCGUCCGGUGGGCUACCACAGACAGACUACAUCACUCUCACUCAGUUCCAGCUCAUCUCCCGCUGUUUCUUCCUUUUUUACUUUUUUUCCUUCAGAGCGCACCAGCUGUACGAGCGCACCACGGCCCUAAUGCUGGCAAUGAAGAAGAAGAAGGACCAUCCAGCGGCAGCGCCCCCCACGAUCGGUGGCCUGCCGCUCCCCCAGUUCGCGCUCUGAGCCGAGCUCUCGAGAUCGCACUCGGCUCGGGUUUUUCAUUUCCCCGUGUAUGUCAUGUCUUUCCCACUCAGUUCCAGAAGGCCACCAACAUGGGGAUCGCGAUGUGUGAUAUGCCUCAACAACGUAAAUCGGACACUGCUACUUCUGGCGUGAGGAGGCGCAAGAGCUGAAGCGCAAGAGGGACGAUGGCGGAGAGGGGCGGGGAGGGGGAGACGGGGGAGAGGAGGAGGAGGGCGAGGAGGCGUGCAGCAGCCCCAGAGGAAGAAUCGCAAGGAGCGGGCGCCAAAGGGGGCUGCCAGGGGAGCCUACGACCCCUUCAAGCGGGCCAAUAUCGAGCACCUGACCCACAGCCAGCCAGAAUCCCUGACACACUUACGUGCUCGCUCAUUUGUGUGUCUCUCCGUCCGUCUGUUUGUGUUGGGUGUGUUGCAGUUGACAGAGGGCGACAGGCUCUGCACCAAUGGCUACAGCUGGCUGCCCGAGUUCCUCGUCGACAACGCCAUUGUCAAUGAGGUUCCAGUGGUCGACCACGAGGACGGCGUGUCGCUUCAUAUGCUCAUAUUCUUUCAGGCUGCAGGAGCGCCUGGAGAGGGCGGAGGCGAUGACGUUCCAGGUGCAGCUGGAGAAUGUGCGCUACCGGCACCAGGUUGCCUGCUGAGCUGCACGUGUAGAUCAUGAUACAUUGGACAUCUGCGCGCGAGGGCGGAGGAAGCCGACGCGGCCCGCCAAGCGGCCGUGCAGCAGGCAGCAGCGGCGGUGCAGCAGGCAGCAGCGGCCGACGCGGCACCGAUGAGACGAUGGGACAGCAGUGGGGCAAGUGGCUUUCCCAGGGGCAGGGGGGAGACCAGAUAUUGAUCACAUUUGCGUUGCACCCCGGUUCCGACCCGUGUGACCCGCCUCUUUCCCACAUGACACUGGGCCAGCUGCGGCUGGACCCGCGGGUUGCAGAGUACGGCAGGCGGCCCUCCAGCAGGCGGCAGCGGCACGGCAGGAGGGGAGAGAAGAGGCCGAGCGCUGCAUCAUCUGUUACAACAAGGCGAGGGACACCCAGACUCACCCCUGCGUGAGUUGUGCCGCAAACUAAGAAACGUGAACAGACGAACCAACACCGGCUUCGUGAUGUCCUGUGUGUGCAGGGCCACAUGUGUCUCUGCAGCCCCUGCUACCUGCGGCGGCUGGCCUGCGCAACGGAGACCCAGCAGCCGCCUCAAUGCCCCUUCUGCCGCCCCCUCAUUUUGAAACUCACUACCGGGAGGCGGCCCUGACAUGCACGGGUGGCUGGCUGCGAUGGGGCGUCGGAAGGGGAGGGAUGCCGCGUCCCUCCACUGUCAUUUGAAGCUGCCUGCGGGUGGGUGGGUGUGAUUUGUGUGCUGUGUCGUGUUGUCUGUGCUGACUGCACUUGUCGGUGAUUUUGUGUGUGUACUUGCUGGUGUGUUGUGCUGGUGGACUGUGUGUGCCGGUGUACUGUGCGUGCUUGGCUUGGAUGCAUGUGCAUUUGUCGGUGUGACUGCCAUGUGUGUCUGUCUGUCUGUCUGUCUGUAUUUCGUUGAGUCUGCGUUCGAGAGAGGACAGACAGGCCUGCAGGAAGGCACGGCUGAUCGUCGGUGUGUGAUCGCUGCCUACAUGUUGUAUUUGAUGGCAGUGCCUUUAUCCUGUCACGCGCACAUCAAUGGCCACCAUCCGGGGCAAGACGUCAUCGACCGGAUGGAAGGCAAGCACAGACACAGGCAGGGAGUGCAGAGAGAGGGCCAUUGUGUGUGUGUUCAUGUGCAGACGUCGUAUUUGGCGGAUUUGGUGGCGGAUUUGGGCAUGCACUUCGGCCGCGUCAUGUCGAUCGGAGACUCGCUGGAGUGCAGCAGGAGGUGAGCAGACGACCCACAUGAAAUGGUGUCUCACCGGUGCACGUGUGUAUUGUUGCAGUGAGUGCUGAGUAGUCAAAUUUGCUGAGUCCGCGUUGAGUCGGGGAGCGGUAAAGGAUGUGUCUCUGGUUGCGCAGACAGCGCCAUCUUCAUCAUGCGUUGGACUCUGCAUCAAAGGCUGUCAAGACCGACGUAAAGCACGACGCCAAGCCGACCAGUAUGCACAACGCGGAAAACACCAGACACAGACACGCAUUCAUUUGCGUGCCCCCGUGUGUAUUACAGCGUCAACUGUGUUUGAGUUGUCGCCAAAGGCCAACAUGGCCAACUCCAAGUCGAGCGAUGCUUCAGUUGGUCGGUGCCUGGAUGCCAAGGCCGUCCCGACCAUCACAGCAGCCAAGGCGACCAACAGCCAGCUCAAGGCGACCAACAGGCAGCAGGAGACGGGUAAGCUGUUGCCAGGAGAACGACUGAACGACCUAAUCUGGAUGUAUGGCCUUUCCAUCAGUGUGCGAGAGUUCGGGUGUGUCGGGUGUGUAUGAGGCCGUACCCAAGACCAACAAGACAACAGGUACUGUCUGUACGGACACGGCGGCACCCCCACACACGGAGAGAGACAUGGAUGCCAUUUGAUUCAGAGAAGAGCCGGUUGAGCGACGAUGGUGUCAGCAUCAAGGCCACAUCGACACCACACACCGUUAACUACAUACAGAUCACUGGGUGCAUGUUGGUAUUCUUGCGAUCAGUGUUUGCUACCGUGCCUUCAUGAAGUCGUUUGCCAAUCCUGCGCCGUCUGCCAUGGACAACUAGCUCUCGGUGGGUGGCAUUGCCAGGCAGGCACUAGAGGUCAUCCAUGCGUGCAUUCAUUCAUCUGCGUGUCUCGUCUGUAUGCAGUCGUGUGAGGAGGAGUUGUCUUGUUUACUCAGCGCCAUCGCCAUGUCUC